AUGACUGGCUAUUUGCGUCUAGCCAUCGCCGCCGUCUUCGUUCUCGGGAUAUGGAGGUUGCUGAGAAUCGGACGACGAGACCGUAGACUUCCGCCAGGACCACCGACUGUACCGAUCCUGGGAAACGCUCAUCAAAUCCCACUGACAGGUUUGGGCAAGAAGUUCCACGAAUGGGCUCAAGAAUAUGGCAAAAUAUACUCGCUCAAAGUCUUCAACUCGACCAUGAUCGUUUUGGCAGAUCGCAAGGCCAUCUACUCGCUUCUCGACCAGAAAGGCAGCAUCUACUCCGAAAGACCAUACCUCGCCGUACCGACAUUCAUGAGUCGAGGAUGCCAUAUGACCUUUGAGCAAGCCACCCCUGGCUGGAGAGAAAAACGCUCCGUCAUCACCAGAAACCUCAACCCUCAGAAUCUCGACAAGAAGCAUUUCAAGGUUCAAGAGGCAGAGUCAAUUUUGUUCAUGCACAAUCUCGUCCAACAUCCGAACCAGGCGUUUGACUACGCUCGUCUCUACGCCUCAUCGGUUGCUGCCAUCCUAGCUUGGGGAUUUCGGGCCAAAGAUUUCGACUCGUUCUUUUACAAGGACUUUUACUCGUUCGUUGAUCAGUGGCUUGACGCUAUAGAGCCUGGUGCAAAUCCCCCGGUCGAGCAGCUACCAUUUCUAUGGUACCUCCCUGGAAAGUGGAAAAAGAGGGCGAUCCACGUCAGGGGCUUGAUGGACUCGACGUGGUCCAGGGCGCGCCAGAUGGUUGAGGAGCGGCGUCAAAGAGGCGACAUUCGCGACUCGAUGAUCGAUGUCAAGCUGGCACAGUACGAGAAGGACGGAUGGCCCAUGUCGCAGUACGCGUUCAACAACUUGUUUGGAGAAUUGCUCGAGGCAGGAGCAGACACUACCGCAAACAUGCUUUUGACAAUCAUCCUGGCCGUAACCAAGUUUCCCGAGGUUCAAAUCAAGGCAAGAAAAGAACUGGAUGCAGUUUGUGGGACCGAGCGAACACCACUGUUUUCCGACUUUGACAAAUUACCCUACAUCAACUGCAUCAUCAAAGAGGCCCUCAGAUGGCGCCCAACAUCUGAUCUUGGAAUCCCGCAUCGACUGGCCAAAGACGACUGGUACGAGGGCAUGUUUUUCCCCAAAGACAGCACGGUCUGGCUCGCCGCUUGGGCCAUUCACCAGAGUGACGACGAGUUUCCCGACCACGACCGUUUCAAUCCGGAUCGAUUCAAGAACCACACCAAGUUGGCAAGUGACUACGCCGUGGGCCCUGACUGGCAAGGACGAGAUAAUUUACACCAUUACGGAUAUGGAGCAGGUCGCCGCAUGUGUCCGGGCAUUCACCUGGCUGAGAGAAGUAUGUGGCGUGUCACGGCCAAAUUACUCUGGGCUUUCGAGUUCAAAGAGAUCCCCGAGAAGCCGCUCGACGUCAACGCCUACACCUCGUCGAAUCUGGUGCGGCCUUUGGAGUUUGAAGUGUCGGUCAAGCCUCGCAGUGAACUCCACGGGGAGGUGAUUCGACGGGAGCUGACUGGUGCAUUGGAAUUUUUGAGUCAAUACGACUAG